AUGUCCUUUGCACACGUUAGGGCACUUAUUUUAGAUGCCACUCCUUUAAUUACUCAACCUUAUACCCAUUAUCAAAAUUUUGCACAAGAGUUUUAUACAACACCUACUAUUAUUCAAGAAAUUAGAGAUGCGCAAGCUAGAAAAAACUUAGAAAUUUGGCAAAGUUUAGGCAAUCUUCAUCUAAUUCAUCCUUCAGAAGAGUCUAUUAAAAGAGUAUCUCAAUUUGCUAAAUUGACAGGUGAUUAUUCUGUGCUGAGUGCUAAUGAUAUUCAUAUUUUGGCUUUGACUUAUCAACUGGAAGUUCAGUUAAACAAAGGCGAUUGGAGAUUGAGGAAAAGACCUGGUGAUAAGUUGGAGGAGGAACAAAAGUAUCAAACAGACAAAGUAAAUAAAACGCCUCAAAAGGGUGUUAGGAAUAUUACUAAGCAAAUAACUUCUAAAAAAGAUGGUUCAUUAGCAGAAAAAAAUACACCAAAUGAGAAACUUGAAAAAUCUCGGAAAGCAACUGACAAUAAACCAAAAAAGAAACGUAGAAGAGGAGGUAAAAGACAGCGUGAAAAGAGGAAAGCUAGAUUAGCUGCAGAAGCCUCAGAUAGCACUCAAACGGAUGGUUCGAUUAAUGUAAAAUCUGAUGAAGUUGAAUCAGUAUCAAAACAGGUUGAAAUAAAAGAAGAUGUUGCAAUAAAUCAAAUUAUUGAUGUUUUACCAGAAAAGGACCUAACUGUAAAAGAAGAUGAAUUAAUAAAUGAAUUGGAAGAUGACGAUUUGGAAGAUGACGAUGACGGUGAAUGGAUCACUCCUGAUACUUUAACAGAAGCCUUACUUAAAGACAGUGGUGAAGAUACAGUUGGUUUACGAGGUGUAGAAGUAUCUGAAGAACAAAGGAAAGAAGCGUUGGAUUUACCAAAGAAUCAAGUAGCUUUGGCUACAGGAGAUUUUGCUAUACAAAAUGUAGCAUUACAAUUGAAUUUGAAUUUGAUGAAUUUCCACUCUGGUCUAAGAAUUAAAAGAUUACGCAAUUAUAUGUUAAGAUGCCAUGCAUGUUUUCAAAUGUUCCCAUUACCAAAAGAUGGUAAGCCAAAGCACUUUUGUCCAUCUUGUGGUGGACAAGGCACUUUAUUAAGAUGUGCAGUUUCUGUGGAUGCCCGUACUGGUAAAGUUACUCCACAUUUAAAAGCCAAUUUCCAAUGGAACAAUCGUGGUAACCGUUACUCUAUUGCUAGUCCUUUAUCUAAAAAUUCUCAAAAGAGGUACGGUAAAAAGGGUUUUGACCAUAGUAAGCAAAAUCAAGGGGUUGAACUUCUGAGAGAAGAUCAAAAAGAAUACGAACAAGUGAUGAAACAAGAGGAAUGGACCCGCAAACAUAAUGAAAAGGUUUUGAACAAUUGGAUUGGUGGUGGAUCUGCAGAUAACUAUAUAUCACCAUUUGCAAUUACUGGUUUAAAACACCAUAGUGUUCGUGUAGGAAGAGGAAGACAUGCAAAUAGUUCUAGACGUAAGAAAUAG